GCGAAUAUUUAGUCGAUCGCUCGGGCGCAACGAGAACGCUUCACUCUCGCUUUCAGUUGAAUAUACAUAUAUAACUAUAGCUCAGUGCUGCAGUCUCGUUCAGUUAUAUAUAGUUCGUGCUUCAGUCUCAUUCAGCCGAUUGUCUGCCUCUCAAGAUGUUCGCUGAUCACAGCUCAAAUUUAUUGCUGCUGCUGCUAAUGUUGGCUCUGUGUCACUGGAGCAGCGCCAAAUUGCCUUCUAGCAUAACGCCCUGUGCUCGGAAUGAUCCCCAGCUGGAACGCUGCAUCAUCAAUGCCGUCUACCGUCUGCGGCCUUUGCUGGUGCAUGGCAAUCUAGGAGAUGGCUAUCGAACGCCCCCGUUGGAGCCACUGCAACUGGACAACAUUGAGCUGGGCCGCAGCAGCCAAUUCCAGGCAACAUUUUCGGAGCUGGAGGCAACAGGUGGCAGCAAUUUUAUAAUCGAUCGCAUUAUUGCCAAGCCGGAGGACAUCUCCUAUGAUCUGUGGAUAACGCUGCCUCGCAUUGACUUCCAAGGCAAACACUCUAUGCGACUGAAUCUGCUGCUCUUGGACAUUCAGGGCAAAGGCAACAUGCGCGGAUAUUGCGAUAAUGCCAAGGCGUCCGUCAAAAUGCGCGGCACACGCUAUCUGAGGCAUGGUUUGGAGUACGUCAAGUUCACCAAGAUGACCAUGAGAAUACAGUUCAAGGACUUUAAGCUGCAGCUAGACAAUCUGUUCAACGGAGAUCGCAUUUUGGGUACGGUGGGCAACACCCUGAUCAACGACAAUCAGGACCUGUACCUCAAUGAGAUUGUGCCUGGCCUGGAGCGUGGAUUGUCUAAGAAGUUUUUGGAUGUGGCUAAUGAAAUUUUGGCCACGGCGACUUUCGACGAAAUGUUUCCGCCCGGCCGUACGAUCAUAAAUCCCAUACAUUUUCCCAAUCCGAGCACAAACUCUGGAUCUGGACCGGGUCCAGCCAUAUUUGAGCCGACUUUCACCUCGCGGAAUCCCGCAGGUGGUAUUUUGGAUGAACUGCCUCCUUGGGGUCACAAUCAGCGACCCAAGCAACCGUCCAAAAAUCCAGGCGGCGGAAUCUUUGGCGAGGUAACACCCGGAGGAGGCAUCAUCGAUCCCAGAUUGAAUCUAGGCAGUUAGUUGAUAUUUAUUUUGUUAUGUUAGAAUUGCAUUUCAGCAAAUAAAUUUGUUGUUAUUUUAUUUUCAA